UGCUACCUCAGGUCUUUUUUGUUUGUGCUCCUAGGAUUUGAUCGUUAAUAUGUUUAAAUCUCGCAACAAACAAUUGCUAUAUGAGAAUGAUACGAUUAAAGUCAUGUUCUUAAAGUCUUCCAUAAACGUAUAGAUUCCGUAAAGUAAUAGUCAAACGUGCACCUCGAAGAUUGUAAAAAAUCAAUAACUGCAAAAGAAAAAGAACAGAGGGAGUAUCUAGCAAAUAUGGUAUGGCCCGGCCCGUUUAUGGUUGUACGGAGCAGGCCCAGCCCGGCCCGCAAUAAACUGUUUUCGCCAAAUUAUUAUGCGGGCUGGGCCAGGUUAGCAUGACGAAAUCCGGCCGUAUUUGGUGACAAGUUACGGGCUGAGCCCAGCCCAAUUAACCUGUCCAGCCCAGGAAAAUUGGGCCGACAAGACCUCCUCCCUGCGAAUGGCUGACUGCGGCGGGUUCUCCUCCAGGCUGCGGUCGCUGCUCGUUAUUCCGGCGUGGGCGCUUCCAGGCAACCCGCGGCGACCUCGAUCAGCUCACACGCUGGCCAUGGCCCGUCGUACGCUCGUCGGCAAGCCAAGUUGCCGACCACUGCACAGGACUAGGAUGUUCGAGGUGACCGCCGUGCUGCUCCUACCCCAAAAUCCCCAGCGCGAGUGCCGCGAGUACUUGCGGACUCCCCUCCUCUUCCUUAAGCUUUAUCCACGGGAAACGGGUACUUGCGGACUCCCCUCCUCCUCCUUAGCCUGCAAUUUCUAUUGGCUGCGUGAGUUCUUUUAUCAGUUGCCGCGAGUGCCGCGCGGACCUAGUUUGUUUCGUUGGAGGCUGUGGUGCCGUUUCAAUCCUUGAUGAAUUUUACUGCCACUUGCCAAUGUCUCGUAUCUGUCAUGCGGUCAUGCCUAUGCUAGUUUGCAACAACUGUCAUUUUUUGUAAGGAGAUCUGUUGGCAACCGAGGGAGCAAACACUACAAGCAUCUUCUUUCACUGGCUGAUAUGUUUUUGUUUGGUUAGACACGACCUGUUUUGAUGACUUCCUAUGUCCAACUUAAUUGAUGCAGAUGGAGUAUCUAUCGGAUUUAUUAAUUUAUUUAAGAAAAUGGAAACUUGGUCUAUGCCGAGGCGACCAAUGAUUGGACGCACACCAACUGUUUGACGAAAUGGGCGGUUAUUUGCCGUGUACAUCUCAUCGGGUCUUCCUAAUCUUACUCAAUUACAUUGUUCAUGUGUGGUAAUAUUUCCUCUGAUUAAAGACUUCGACAUGUGAUUCUUGUAGUUGGUUGAUGCAAAUGCUACAUCCUGCAGGUAAGAAGCUGCCAAGUUGGCAGAACAGUUCGCUAGCUCCGCAAACUUCUUAAGUCUUGGUAGCGUGAGUAAGACUACCAUCUAGCAUGUCGUCCUAAGUUGGUAAAAGUGAUGUAAUGCAAGGAUGGGCUCCAUGUUGAAAUAAAAUAAGAUUACUAAUGGUUAGUGCAUGAAUAAAAGAAGAGCACGCAGUCAGAAAGAGCCUUGGGACUGAAUUGUCUUCCAAGUCUGCAACAAUAGUCUUCUUUCUCGAGAUAUUGUUGAUACUUGCGUUGAAAGAUGGGGAGUAAAUGGGAAUUUCCAAGAAAUUAUGUGUGCUUGAUUAGGUGGUCAUGACAGAGAUGAGGAUAUAUAACAGCUCACUCCCUCAUUGACCUCUCCAAUUUCAUCAAACUGCGUCCCAUUGUUUCAACAUCUCCUGCCCUCUUCCAUUAUCGAGUGAGCUGCAGUUAUUUGAGAUAUUUCCUCAACAAUCUGAAGUUUCAGAACCCUGCUCCUCCCACAAGGGAGAUCCAGGGACAAUCCUUUUGUUUUGCUGUUUGAGCAGUAUGGGCACAAUUUUGGAUGCUCUCACUUCGAAAUUCCUGACAAAGCUUGGUGAGAUUAUCCAGGAUGAGGUUGUGAUAACUUUGAGUGUGAAAAAGGACAUCAAAAGGCUCAAGAAAAAUCUGGAACAUUUCAGUGCUGUUCGUGAGGAUGCCGAAGCUCUGGCCAUGCAAGAUAGAGGGAUAGAGUCAUGGUGGAAGAGCAUGACCGACGUUAUGUUCGAUGUGGAUGAUAUAAUAGAUCAUUUCACAGUUCACUCACAGAAGCUUGUCCAGCCACCUAGAUUGGUAUGUUGCAAUCAGUCCCUUUUCUCGUGUUUCACGAAGCUUUCAUUUGAUCACAGGGCUGCUAAAAGAAUUAAGGAUAUAAACGAAAAGCUUGAUGAAAUUAAAAUGAACAGAGAGAUGUUCAGCUUGGAGAGAACCAAUCAUCAACAGUUUCAAAUGACUGUUGUGGACAGAACUCAGACAUCUCCCAUAGAUGAACUAGAGGUUGUUGGAAAAGAUAUCAAACAGGCUGCCGACGACAUGGUCAAAAUGAUCGUUAGUAACUGUCAUGAGAACAAAUCAACUGUUUUUGGUAUUCAAGGGAUGGGUGGCAUCGGCAAGACGACAUUAGCCCAGAGGAUAUAUAACGAGCAGAGGAUAAGAGAGAGAUUCCAAGUUCAUAUAUGGUUGUGCAUUUCUCAGAGCUACACUGAAAUUGGUUUGCUAAAGCAGGCAAUACGAAUGGCAGGAGCAACAUGUGAUCAACUUGAGACCAAGACGGAACUUCUUCCACAUCUCAUGGACACUAUCAGAGGAAAAAGUUUAUUUCUCGUUUUGGAUGAUGUGUGGAAAUCUGAUGUCUGGAUUGAUCUUCUUCGGACGCCUUUUGAGAGAUGCUUGAAUGCCCAUAUCCUUGUCACCACAAGAGACCUGGAUGUUUUGGCAGAAAUGCAUGCAACAUAUACUCACCAAGUAAACAAAAUGAAUGAUUAUGAUGGCCUGGAACUGCUUGUGAAGAAGUCCUUCCGACCAUAUGAGCAAAUAAGUGAAUCUAGUGAUGUUGGGUAUCAAAUAGUAAAAAAAUGUGAUGGACUUCCUCUAGCCAUCAAGGUUGUUGCGGGUGUCCUGUCAACUAAAAGAACAAAAGCAGAAUGGGAGAGCAUCCGAGAUAGCCAAUGGUCUAUUCAUGGGCUUCCCAGAGAACUAGGAGGCCCCCUGUAUUUAAGUUACAGCAACUUACCCCCUCAACUGAAGCAGUGCUUUCUUUGGUGUGCUUUGUUGCCUCCAAAUUUUGAUAUUAAGCGUGAUGCUGUUGCUUACUGGUGGGUCGCCGAAGGUUUUGUGAGGAAAGAGCACAAGUACUCAGUUCAUGAGAUUGCUGAAGAGUACUACCAUGAGCUAAUUAGGAGGAAUCUUCUGCAACCAAAACCAGAAUUCGUGGACAAAUGUGUCUCAACAAUGCAUGAUUUGUUGAGGUCACUUGGACAAUAUUUGACGAAGGAUCACUCCUUAUUCAUGAAUGCAGAAAAUAACAAAGCCCUAUCAAAUUUGCGCCGCUUAUGUAUCAGCAGUGCUAUAGAAGAAAUACCUGCCAUAGAAGAGCAGAAGUGCAUGAGGAGCCUCCUAAUUUUUAAUAACAAAAACUUCAAGUCACUUAACGAAGACAUUUUCAGAAAGCUUGAGCAUAUACGUAUCUUAGUUAUGAGUGGAACAGGCAUCCAAAGUGUACCAGAGUCAGUGGGAAACUUGGUGAUGUUGAGGUUGCUAGAUCUAAGCUUUACAAAAAUUAACAAGCUCCCAGAGUCCAUAGGAAGCCUUAUCAGUCUUGAAUACCUCUCACUGCGUGGUUGCUAUAAGUUGAAUAGCCUGCCAGCUAGUUUAAUUAGACUAUCCAACAUAAGUUUUCUUCAUCUAGAUCAGGCUGCAAUUGAUCAUGUUCCUGAAGGAAUUACGAAGUUCCAGCAGCUCUACAACCUUAGAGGAGUUUUCGAAAGCGGCACUGGGUUCAGGUUGGAUGAAUUACAGUGUCUCCCCAAUAUCCAACGUCUCUCGGUUGAAAAGCUAGAAAAAGCAACACCAGGGGGUGCACUUGUACUCAAGAAGAGUCGUAAUCUCAGAGAACUGUGGCUGCACUGCACAAUGGGCAUGAGUACUCAUGAUAGAACUCAUUACCAGGCCAACGAAGUUGAAAGAAUCCAGCAAGUCUGUGAGAUGCUUAUUCCAUCACCAAGCCUACUAUAUAUUUUCCUUGUUGGGUUCCCUGGUGUAAGGUUACCAGAAUGGCUCUGUUCAGAACCGGAGCAUAAGCUGCCAAAUUUGGCUCAUAUGCACCUCAAUGAGUGCAUAUCAUGUUCACAGCUUCCACCAGCAGGCCAGAUGCCAGAACUACUAGUGCUUAAUAUCAGAGGUGCAGAUGCAGUAGUGAGUAUCGGUGCAGAACUCCUGGGGAAAGGCGUGAUUAGUGCAGCAGCUUUUUUCCCAAAGCUCGAAUUGCUUCACAUCAUUGACAUGCGCAAUUUGGAAAGUUGGUCCCUCAACACUGGAAACCUGUGUGAUAACAUGGAUGUCAAAAAUCAACAGCUCGUUCUGAUGCCUUGUCUUAAGCGCCUGUUGCUUCUUGAUUGCCCAAAACUAAGAGCUCUUCCUGAAGAUUUGCAUAGUGUUGUCAAUUUAAAAAGAAUUCACAUUGAAGGUGCACACAAGCUGCAAGAAGUUGCCAACCUUCCUGUAGUUGUGUGGCUCAAGGUCAAGAAUAACAGAUGUUUGAGGAGGAUCUCCAAUCUUUGUAAGCUGCAGGACUUGUUUGCCCAGGACUGCCCAGAACUGGAUCAGGCAGAGAGCCUUAGCUCACUGAAACGCUUGUACAUGGUUGACUGCCCGAACGCCCAGCAAUUCAGGAAGUGCGUCCUGAAAGAAGAACAAGACGUCCUAGUCCAUGCUGCAACACUUGGUGGGGAUGGCCGGGAUAUCUUUCCAGAUGAAUCUCUCUAUAAUUAGAAAGGGAAGAAUUAAGGCUGACAGCAAAAUGGACAUGGGGAUUGAGGACCUUGGAGCUUAUUCGUUUUGUUCCUUCAGAACAUUAUUUUUCAGGGCAACUCAUUGUGUUUUUGCCCGUUAAGAUUCUUGUUUUUUUUUUCUUUUUGUAUUUUUUAGUAUGCCGAGCCUCCUGGUGUUGCUUUCCAAGGCCAGUAGCACUCUUGAAGUGUAUGCAAUGUCCUGGAACUUGGGGGGAAGAAAGAGAAACGUUUGAAUAUGCAACUUAUUAUUUCCUAGA